AUGGCUGCUGUGCGCGGUACCGAGCAUACCAAAACCGAUCAAGAGCUCGCCAUCAACAUUAAGAAAGCUACGAACGCCGAAGAGAUCUCACCAAAGCGCAAGCAUGUUCGAGCAUGUAUCGUCUAUACGUGGGACCAUCGGUCGUCUGCCGCCUUCUGGUCUGGCAUUAAGGUUCAACCCAUCCUCGCCGACGAAGUCCAGACGUUCAAGGCCCUCAUUACAGUCCACAAGGUCCUCCAGGAAGGUCACCCCAGCGCCCUGAAAGAGGCAAUGGCAAACCGCGCCUGGAUCGAUAGCUUGAACCGCGGUAUGGGUGGAGGAGGUGAGGGUAUGCGCGGUUAUGCGCCCCUAAUCCGCGAAUACGUUUACUACCUGCUGGCGAAGCUCUCGUUCCACCACCAACACCCCGAGUUCAACGGAACCUUUGAAUACGAGGAGUAUCUCAGCUUGAAAGCCAUCAACGACCCUAACGAAGGUUACGAGACCAUCAGCGAUCUUAUGGUUCUGCAGGACAAGAUUGAACAAUUCCAGAAGCUGAUCUUCUCUCACUUCCGCAAUGUGGGGAACAACGAGUGUCGCAUUGCGGCACUUGUACCUCUUGUCCAAGAGAGUUACGGAAUUUACAAGUUCAUCACUAGCAUGUUGCGCGCAAUGCACUCAACGACUGGCGACGAUGACGCUCUCGAGCCCCUCCGAGAGCGUUACAACGCACAGCAUUAUCGUUUGGUCAAGUUCUAUUAUGAGUGCUCCAACCUUCGAUAUCUCACCAGUCUUAUUACCAUCCCCAAGCUUCCUCAAGACCCUCCAAACCUCUUGGCCGAGGACGAUGACGCCCCCGCGCUCCCGGCGCGACCAAAGCAGGAGAUCGAGCGAAAGCCGUCUCCCCCGCCAGAGCCCAAAAAUGAAGCCCCUGAUGAGAUGAACGAGUUCUGGAAGAGCGAGUUGGACCGUCAAAACCGAGAGUACGAAGAGCAGCAGCGUAUUCUGGAGCAACAGCAACAGCAAUCUCUUAUGGCCCAGCAGCAGGCGCAGCUUCAAGCACAGCGUGAGUUUGAGCAACAGCAACAACAGCUGAUGGAGCAGCAACAACGAGAGCAGGAGGCACUUAUGGCGCAACAGGCCCAAUGGCAGACUCAGGGACGCCUUGCCGAGCUUGAACGGGAGAACCUCAAUGCGCGGGCACAGUACGAGCGUGACCAGCUGAUGCUUCAGCAAUACGACCAGCGAGUCAAGGCUUUGGAGGGUGAGCUGUCGCAUAUCCAGAACAGUCUCGGCCAGCAGAUGAACAGCAAGGACGACCAGAUCCGGGCUCUUCAGGAGCAGGUCAACACAUGGAGGACGAAAUACGAGGCAUUGGCGAAGCUAUACUCUCAGCUGCGACACGAGCAUCUCGAUCUCCUUCAGAAGUUCAAGGCUGUUCAACUCAAGGCAGCCAGCGCACAGGAGGCCAUUGACCGACGAGAGAAGCUUGAGCGUGAAAUCAAGACCAAGAACCUCGAGUUGGCUGACAUGAUCCGCGAGCGUGACCGUGCCCUUCACGACAAGGACCGCGCGAGCGGCAGCAGCAAGGAUGAGGUCGAGAAGCUCAGGCGGGAACUUCGCUUGGCACAGGAGAAGGCCGACAACAUGGAGCGCAGCAAGGGCAACGAGCUUUCGACCAUGCUCUCCAAGUACAACCGUGAGAUGGCGGACCUUGAAGAGGCCCUGCGCAACAAGUCGCGCCAGUUGGAGGACGCUCAUAUGAACCUCCGAGAUGGCAGCUCUGACCUUGAGCAGCUUCUCCGGGACAAGGAGGAGGAGCUUGAGGUGUACAAGGCGGGCAUGGAUCAGACCCUCAUUGAGCUCAACGAGCUGAAGAUGAACCAGGGUGAUACUGACCAUGCUUUGGAUGGCCAGAUCGAUGCCUUGAUCAUGUCGAACCUCGAUAAGAUCAACGACAUUAUUGACUCGGUUCUUCAGGCGGGUGUUGCGCGUGUGGAUGAUGCGCUCUACGAGUUGGACUCUAGCAUGCAGGCCGGCAACCAGAAUGCUUCACCUUCAUACGUGCUAUCACAGAUCGAGAAGGCCUCAGCCAGUGCUAUGGAGUUCGCUACAUCGUUCAACAACUUCAUUGCGGAUGGACCUAAUGCGUCGCACUCCGACCUUAUCAAGGCUAUCAACGUCUUCUCUGGUGCCAUUGCCGACGUGUGCAGCAACACCAAGGGUCUUACACGCCUAGCUACAGACGACAAGAAGACUGAUUCCCUCAUGAACGGAACCCGUCAACCAGCCAUCUCAGCAGUGCAGUUCCUCCGAGGUCUCCAGAGCUUUCGACUUGAGGGCAUGGACCCCCUGCAAAAGACCGAUGUGGUGAUCAACAGCAACAACGACGUUCAGAUGAACCUUCAGAAGCUCAACAAGCUGGUCGAGUCGUUCGCCCCUGGCUUCGGCAAGCUCGUCAACAAGAAGGGCGACUUGGGCGACCUCGUCGACUCGGAGCUGAGCAAGGCCGCGGACGCAAUCGCGGCGGCUGCUGCACGACUGGCCAAACUCAGGAACAAACCCCGUGAUGGCUACUCAACCUAUGAGCUCAAGGUGAACGAUUCGAUCCUGGAUGCGGCGACGGCGAUCACCAACGCCAUUACGCAACUGAUCCAGGCGGCCACAGUGACACAGCAGGAGAUCGUGCAGGCUGGGCGCGGAUCGACGUCGCGAACAGCGUUCUACAAGAAGAACAACCGAUGGACAGAGGGUCUCAUUUCUGCUGCCAAGGCUGUGGCUUCGUCGACCAACACUCUGAUCGAGACAGCAGACGGCGUCAUCUCCGGACGUAACAGUCCAGAACAGCUUAUCGUGGCAUCGAACGAUGUGGCUGCCUCCACGGCGCAGCUCGUGGCCGCCAGCAGAGUCAAGGCAGGGUUCAUGUCCAAGAGCCAAGAGAAGCUGGAGCAGGCCAGCAAGGCUGUGGGUGCGGCGUGUCGGUCGUUGGUGCGCCAGGUGCAGAGCUUGAUCAAGGAGCGCAGCCAAGAGGAAGACCAGGUGGACUACUCCAAGCUUGGAACGCACGAGUUCAAGGUGCGGGAGAUGGAACAGCAAGUCGAGAUCCUCCAAUUGGAAAACGCGUUGGCUUCGGCUCGUCAUCGUUUGGGCGAGAUGCGGAAGAUCUCAUACCAGGAAGAGUAA